AUGUCUAGUCGAGAGGUGCUCAAGGCCGACAAGGACUUUACGAAGGAGGCCGAUGCAGCCAUUCCAGAGGCUGAGAAGCUUGGGGCCUCCGACCCUCAGGCUGGGAUUGAUAAGCUGCUCACGCUCGAAAAGCAAACCCGCCAGGCUUCAGAUCUUGCAUCCACGUCUCGAGUUAUCAUCGCGAUCGUUACAAUAGCCAAGAGCGCGAAGGACUGGAAUUUGAUGAACGAACAGGUGCUUCUGCUGUCGAAGAAACAUGGACAACUCAAGCAAGCCACCACCAAGAUGGUGCAGACAGUCAUGGGCUUCUUAGAUGAGACUCCGAACCUCGAAACGAAACUGUCGGUUAUUGAGACGCUGCGGACAGUCACCGAGGGCAAGAUCUUCGUCGAAGUUGAGCGAGCCAGGAUAACCCGGAUAUUAUCCAACAUCAAGAAGGAGCAAGGCGACAUCAAUGCGGCAACAGACAUCCUGUGCGAACUACAGGUCGAGACCUUCGGCUCUAUGACCCGGCGGGAGAAGACUGAAUUCAUUCUACAACAGGUGUCGCUCUGCAUAGAGAAGGGCGAGUGGACACAGGCUGGCAUUUUGAGCAGGAAGAUCAGCACACGGUACUUCGCGCGGAGACCGAAGAAGUCGCCUGAGCAGCUCGAGAAGGACCAGAAGGAGCGAGAAGAGAAGGAGAAGACCCGAAGCAUCGACGACCCGCCGAUUGAGCCGGAGGACGACGUGACGGACCUCAAGCUCAAAUUCUACGAACAGCAGAUCACACUCGCCAAGCACGACAACAAGUACCUCGAUGUCUGUAAGCAUUACAGACAAGUGCUGGAUACCGAGGCUGUCGAAGAGGAUCCGAAGAAACUUCGAGCGAUCCUCCAACGCGUCAUCUACUUCAUUAUCCUCGCGCCCUACGAUAACGAGCAGUCCGACCUCAUCCACCGCAUCCAACGAGACGCCCGCAACUCGCAGAUCCCACAAGACGCACAACUAGUCAAGCUCUUCACCAUUCCUGAGCUGAUGAGGUGGCCCAUGGUCGCCCAGCAGUUCGGCCCACACCUGACAGAGACGGACGUUUUCGACGCAGAGAAGGACGAUUCAGAUGACGAGAAAGCGUUCAAGAGGUGGCAAGAUCUGCGGAAGCGGGUGAUCGAGCACAACGUCCGCGUCGUCGCCAAGUACUACACACGCAUUCAGAUCCCACGCUUAACAGAGCUAUUGGAUCUGACGGAAGAUGAAACGGAGAAGAACAUCAGCGAGCUGGUGACUGCAAAGACUAUUUACGCCAAGAUCGAUCGACCAGCGCGCAUUGUUACGUUCUCGAAGCCCAGGGAUGCCGACGAUGUGCUCAAUGAGUGGAGUGGAAACAUGAAGAGCUUGUUAGGUCUUCUCGAGAGGAUCGAUCAUCUCAUCACGAAGGAAGAGAUGAUGGCUCGCAUCCAGCCGACUAAGAUCGAUAAGAGUAAGGCGGUCAAGGCCAAGGCAAAGUAA